AUGUGGCUCUACCUGGUGGGCCUUGUGGGACUGUAUUACCUUCUGCGCUGGUACCGGGAGAGGCAGGUGGUGAGCAACCUCCAAGACAAGUAUGUCUUCAUCACAGGCUGUAGUUCAGGUUUCGGGAAUCUGCUGGCCAGGCAGUUGGACCAGCGAGGCUUCAGGGUGUUGGCUUCAUGUAGGUCAGAGCUGCAGGCUGAGCGGCUGAGGGACCAGACAUCAGGUAGGCUGGAGACGGUGAUCCUGGAUGUCACCCAGACAGAAAGCAUCACAGCAGCCACCCAGUGGGUGAAAGAGCACGUGGGGAACAGAGGUCUCUGGGGCCUGGUGAAUAACGCUGGCAUCUCAGUGCCCACAGCACCCAAUGAGUGGCUGACCAAACAGGACUUUGCGAAGAUACUGAAUGUGAACCUACUUGGAGUGAUCGAGGUGACUCUGAACCUACUGCCCCUAGUGAGGAAGGCAAAGGGCCGCGUGGUCAAUAUCUCCAGCAUCGCUGGCCGGGUGUCGCUAUGUGGCGGAGGCUACAGCAUCUCCAAGUAUGGUAUAGAGGCCUUCUCAGACUCCCUCAGGAGAGAGCUCUCCUCCUUUGGGGUGAAGGUGUCUGUGAUUGAGCCUGGUUUUUUCAAGACUGGCAUGACUUCCAAUGAUACGUUUUCACGAAGCAUCCUGGAAGUGUGGAAUCAAGUCUGCCCGGAGGUCAAGAAGGCCUAUGGCGAGGAGUUCCUGGUUUCCUAUCUCAAAGACGUCGAAAUGAGUUUCAAGAGGAGUUCAACAUCUCUGUCUUCAGUGACGGACUGCAUAGAGCACACGCUGACUGCCUGCCACCCUCGAAGCCGGUACUCUGUUGGCUGGGAUGCCAAGUUCUUCUUCCUCCCCUUGAGCUACAUGCCAACUGUCCUGGUGGAUACUAUGAUGUAUUUGAGCUCCCCAAGGCCUGCCAAGGCCCUAUAA